AUGAAGCCGGAUACGUAUAUUCCAUUACCAGUUCAAAGCUUUUUGAUGUCGCAUACUUUUUCCUUCCUGCAGAAUCCAUCAGCAAGAGAGGGAAUUUGCAUGACCUUUGAAAAAGUGAUUGUGCAAAACAUUCUACAUGGAAGAUCAAUCGUGCUCUGUGAAGCCAUUCAAUCUAUGCCAAGAUGGCAAUUUAUCAGAGCAUCCUUUCCACAUGUUUUGCACUGUGGUGCAAUUAUGUUGCGAGAAAAGUUGCGAACAACAUUUGCGGAUACACAACAAUCUCAAAAGCAAACACGAGCUGAGCAGCUUCAGAGCAGCGUUGACAGAGGACCUCUGCAGUUUAGUCAAGCGGAAACAAAACUUCUCUACACACUACACUGGAUUCUUUUGGACGCUGCUUCGGAAUGCGAGGAUGCAGACUUGGAAGUUACUCAACCAAAAGCUUCCAUCACUGGACCUAACAAAGGCGGACUGCUGCACGACCUCGCGUCCAUUCAGCUGUUUGUCUAUUUGUUCGCUCCACUGAUCGAACAACUGAAAGCAGUGGACUUUGAAACACUCAAACUGGAGGCUGGUCUAUCAAUCUGGGUUCCUCUAAUGGCUAACCAACAACCACUAGCAACAUUGCUGUCCAGUCCGGUUAAGUUGUUCGACUUCAGAUAUACCCCUUUCGGGACACAGUUGGUUUUGGGUGACACUCAUCGCCAUGGGACUGAACAAAAAAGCGCCGUCUACCACGGACUGGUGACGAAAAAACACGGAAUUUAUGUGGGCGAACAGAAUGCAGUCUCAUCUUCCGGAACAUCAAAGCCUAUCAAGUGCAACGAGGAUCAUGAUGAGACGGGACCAAUGUCGAAGGCAAAUGAAGGCACUGGAAAAUCUACGGCAUCAGAGGUGACUUUCGCUAACGGUGCUGUAGAUGGCAGUCCAAUUCCUCCAAAAGCCACUACGGAGAGCAUGGAUGAUGAGGACGAUAAACACCAAUCUGAGGCCCAAGUCGGAGACAAGCUAAGCGACAAUCCGGACAUUGGUUUUAACCGAAUCCAGAAGUUCAUCAUAGAUCAAACCGAGAAGAUGCGAUCCGAAAAACUUCAAUUCCCUGCCGGGACGGAUCCGGUGCAAACCACGAGCAACUCUACCGCAUUAUUGGCCACACAUUUCGACGUAGCCGUCGUCCGCUGUCUCUAUUGCUCUGAAUGGACAGAGCCUGGGGUUUACUGGUCACUGCUCUAUCUAUUCAAGCGUCUUCUUCAGGUACGAUCAGACUGGGCUCAAGUGAAACGAGAAACGGCGAAAUUAAUCCGGAUGACAAAAGGGCGCGCAGUACAGCAUUGUCCUCAAAAACCGUACCUAUUCUGGAGUCAUAUGCCUAGUGCAUUACUGUUAAAUAUUCGUAGUGCCUCAAUGCCAGAACUGUCUCACACCAGUUUCAAUAGGCCAAUCCCAUCGUCAUUAAAUCAAACCGAUGCAGCGUGGCGUCCGGAUGUAAUGGGUGAGCACAACGUAUGA